AUGGCAACAAACGCACUGCGAAUCACGGAGUACGAUGGCGGUGGAGAUAAUGUGACGGCGACCUAUGUUCAGAGCCAGACAGGCGGCUCCCAAUCGCUCAGCAGAGUAGACGCUAUUCCGCCAGUCGACUUGAAGUCGCUGUGGCAGAAGGGUGUGGAUGUAUUCUUGCCCGUGGGCUACCCUCAUUCUGUCACAGAUGACUACCUGGAGUAUCAAAUAUAUGACUCGUUGCAGGCAUUUUCAAGCAGUAUUGCUAGUCUGCUGUCGUCUCGUGCGGUUCUUUCAAGUGUCGGGGUAGGAGACUCAUCUGCAUCACCCACAGCCGCACUACUGCUCUCCAUCAUCCAAGAAUCAGCUGGCCGGAUAGCGACCAUCUUGUUCGCACACAGAUUUGGAACCUCCUUGGAGCCGGAAUGCAAGAUGUAUCGCCUAUUGGCCGACGUGUUAAAUGACACGGCAUUCAUCUUGGAUUGUCUAUCUCCCGUCUUUCCGAAGCCAGUCCGAGUCCUGAUACUGAGCUUUAGCAGCGUCUUGAGAGCUUUGUGUGGAGUAGCUGCGGGAAGUUCAAAGGCAAGUCUCAGCGCACACUUUGCUCGCUGGGGAAACCUCGGUGAGCUCAAUGCCAAAGACUCGUCCCAGGAGACCGUCAUAUCUCUCGUGGGAAUGCUGGUCGGCAGUAUGGUCGUUUCGUGGAUCACCACGCCCAUGGCGACCUGGGCCACACUCAUUCUCCUCCUCUCGAUUCAUCUCGAAACCAACAGGAGAGCGGUCAGAGCGGUCAAAAUGCGGACCCUGAACAGACAACGGGCAACCCUCGUGUUUCAUCACCUCCAACGAGGACAUGUGCCUUCGAUCGAUCAGAUUGCAAGCGAAGAAAACAUCUUCGAGCGCGGUGGUAUUCUGAGGUGUCGUGAGCGUCGCAUAUUGGGUUUUUGCGCCGUUGGCGUCCCAGUAACGCGUCUUCUGAACGCUGUAUCCUCUCAGCGAACUUCGACAAACGCUGUGCAACUCGAAGGCGAGACCUUGACCAAGGUGAUGAGCAUCUACGAGAGAUGUCGGUACGUGCUCUGGAAGGACAAGUCUUUGGAGUCAAGCACGCCCAGCCUAUAUAUUGUCCUCAAGAAGGGCAUUGAACCAAGCGAAGUUCUUGUUGCUUGGUGGCAGGCUCUGUUGCUCGUUGACGGAGCUGUAUCAGAAAAGUCGAUCUCGAAAGCCAGCUCAGACAUUGAUCAAGAGCUUCAGAGAUUCAAGUUAACUCGAGAUGCCGCGAGAAAUCUCUUCAGCACGUAUGACAAGCAGUUGCGGCAGGCUGGAUGGGAUUUAAAUUCCGGAGCUCUGGAGACCGGCGCGAGCACGAGGGUUACCAUAGAAGACAAGUGA